AUGCAUGCCAAACAACAUUCUGAUGGUUUUGUUUUUCAGGCUGAUCACCUGACAGAGGAGCAGAUCGCAGAGUUCAAAGAGGCCUUCUCAUUAUAUGAUAUGGAUGGUGAUGGCACAAUUGCCACAAAGGAGCUGGGUACAUUGAUGAGGUCGCUUGGCCAGGGCCCUACAGAGGCAGAGCUGCAAAAUAUGAUCCAUGAAGUAGAUGCAGAUGGGAAUGGAAGAAUUGACUUCCCUGUGUUCUUGGCUCUGAUGACUAGAAAAAUGAAACACGAAGGCCAAGAAGAAGAAGAAAUUAGAGAAGUAUUCCGUGUGUUUGACAAGUUAACCUACUAUUUUGACGGUAAUGGCUACAUUAGUGUUGCUGAGCUCCGUCAUGUUAUGACAAAUCUGGGUGAUAAAUUAACAGAUGAAGCGGUUGAUGACAUGAUCAGGGAAGUAAAUAUUGAUGGGGAUGGUCGUGUAAAAUACGAAGGUAAGUUCUUUCUGAAGCUGGGGAUAGAGUGUGUAGAAGGAGACCGACUUCCAGGGCAGGAGGGAGGCCUGGAGCUGCUGAGCUGGCGGUUUUGCAGGGGCUCUGUCCGGCCCAAGAGUGGUAGUGGUUCGGUGCUUGGAGACAGGAACUUGCCUGGCGUCUUCACACUUGCUCGAACGCCAGACAAGUGUACCCGUCGGUCUUAA